AUGAGUCCGCGCACUCUGGCAGCCUGCAAUGUUUGUUCCCUUUUAGACAAGCUGAGAACCAGCCGACCGAAACGGAGGACGGCGCUAGUGGCUCGGGAACUGCCGCGUUACAAGGUAGACAUCGCUGCACUCAGUGAGACCCGGUUCUCCGGACAAGGCCGACUGGAGGAGGUUGGUGUGGUUACAUCUUCUUCUGGAGCGAUCGCCCCAAGGCGGAGCGACAGGACUCGGGAGUCGCCUUUGCCAUCAGGAAUGACAUCGCGGGACGACUGCCCUGUCUGUCGCUGGGUAUCGACGAUCGCCUGAUGAGCCUCCGCCUGCCUCUCCAGGGAGGCAAAUUCGCCACCUUCAUCAGUGUCUACGUCCCCCUCCCCCCGAUGAAUAGCCCCGACGAGGCGAGGAACAAAUUUUACGAGGACCUGCACGUCCCCCUGGCGUUUGUGUCGAAGGCGGAUAAGUUGACUGUCCUUGGUGACUUCAACGCCCUCGUCGGCACAGACCACGCUUCCUGGAGAGGAGUCCUGGGUCCCUAUUGGUCUCGAUGA